AUGCCGCGUGUUUCGAAUUCAAAUGAUUAUCUUUUUGGAUCUCUUUGGUGUACACCAGAUAAUAAUCGUUAUUAUCGAACAUUACCAUCAUCUUAUAAUGAACAACCAUCAAUAUUAUCACCAAAUGAAAUUGAUAAAAUUCUUUCGCGCAAAUUAUAUAAUGAAUUAAAAAUAACACCAGAAUUACAAAAAGAAUCAAACUUCAAGGAAAAAAGUGAACCAUUUAUUGAUCCUGAAUUAAUUAUGUUGAUUGAUCAUUUUUUUAAUUUAACAUAUUUAAAUACUAUUCCAAUGGUUAAUCUAUUAGCUACAGCUGUAGCAACUAAUUUUCUUAAAGAAAAUAUUCGAGAAUUAGACAAAAAACUUCAAGAAGAACAAGCAAUACAUGUAUCUGUUGAUAUUAAAAGAGGAAAUUCAUUACUUUAUGAACAUAGAAAUAAUAGUAAUGACGAUGAUGAUGAUGAUAAACUUUCAUGGGCAUCAGCACCAACUUAA